AUGAUCACAUCGAGCUCGCCCUUCCAUCUCUGCCCUCUCCAAGCACCAAACCCUUCUACUUCCGCGCGGCCACCACUGCGCACCAGCCAGUGCGGUGGAAGACCGUGUACCCCUCGACUCGUGGCCACACCCGACGCACUCGGCCCAAGCGCCAACAUUAGCGAGGCCAACACGUGCUCUGCCACGGUCACCGACCAAAAUUACGUGAACCUCCUUCAAGAAUGCAUCGCCAAGGGAGACCUCUCCUUAACAACAAAAUUGCACCAUCAAAUUCUUUCGUCCCAUGUCCCUCUUCAUGCUCGUUUGGGCAACACUUUGCUGAAUACGUACACAAAAUUGGGGGAUUUAGAAUCAGCUCGCCAAGUGUUCGAUGAAAUGACUGACAGAGCGUCUCUUUCAUGGGGCAUCAUGAUGGGGGCUUAUCUCCGCAAUGGUGAAGCCGAUGUAGCAUUAGAGCUUUUUAAAGAGAUGCACAGAGAAGGUAUUGGGCGUGACCAUCCCGUAUUUGUGACUGCUUUGAAGUCAUGUGGCAAGUUGGCUAAUAUGCUUGAUGGCCAGAUGGUUCACUGCGAACUUGUUAAAUUAGGCCUUGACAUGGAUUCUGUGGUGACCAGUGCACUUCUGACUAUGUAUGCAGACUGUGGAUCGGUACUUGAGGCUCGUAGGGUAUUUGAUGGUAGUACUAGUAUGAGGAGUGGUACGUGUGUUCCAUGGAAUGCCAUGGUCUCUGGAUAUUCUAAAAAUGGGCUUGCAACAGAGUCCAUUUCCUUAUUUGUUGAGAUGGGUGUGCAGGGUAUUCAGCCCGAUAUGUACACAUUUGUUAGUGUUCUCAAUACAUGUUCACAGUUAGCAAAUAAGCUGAUGGGUAUGGCGGUUCAUGGAUUGGUGGUUAAGUCAGGGUUGAGUUUGGAUCAGUCGAUUGUCACUUCACUGAUCAGAAUGUAUGCAAAAUGUAACUGUCUUGAUGGGACAAGGAAAGCAUUUGAUCGAGCAAAAGUGCUUGAUAUCACAUGUUGGAAUUCUAUGAUUGAAACAUAUGCACAAAAUGGCAACAGCCAUUCUGCCAUUGAAGCUCUUCUAGAGAUGCAAAGAUUAUCUGGCCUGAAACCCAAUCGAAUGAGCUUUAUUUAUGCUCUUAAUGCUUGUUCAUCUCCAAAAGCAAUAGAACUCGGCAUAGAGAUCCACAAUCUUGCUAUUCAACGGAAACUCGAACUCGAGGUCUCAGUUGCCAAUGCUCUUAUCACCAUGUAUGCUCAAUGUGGGAACAUUGAGGAUGCAUGGAGGCUCUUCCGGCGCAUGCCCAACAAAGACAUCCAUUCUUGGAAUGCGACCAUAAUGGGUUAUGCACAUCGUGGGUAUGGCAAGGAAGCCCUUCAAAUAUUUGAGCAGAUGCAAAAGUUGGGGCUUCAACCUGACGAGACAACCUUUGUAGGGCUUCUUGUUGCUUCUAGCCAUGUGGGUGACAUUGAACGAGCUCAUGAGUUGUUACAACUUAUGAGAACUUGCAAAAUUAGCCCCACCCACUUCACUAUGCUUGCAUUGUAG